CCCUCCUUUUAGUAGACGGCGGAACUCCGCCCUCCACUUGUUCCUGUUAUUUUCGUUUUUCCUGAGGCUUCCGUGUACUUCGCCUUGAGCAGUCGUCGUAACUUAGUUGUGGCAACACUUCCAGCAAGAAUGGCCAAUAGAACCGUAGUUCUCAUCCCUUCUAAUGGAGCCAACAUAAUCCAAACGGCUCCUGGAUUGCCCAAUGUUGCUCUUCAGGCAUCUGGAGCAAUUCCGUAUCCUCAGUAUGGAGCUCAGCAACUUGGAAUUCCCACCAGUGCUCCUCAACAAAACCCACAAAACGGUCCUUUGGAGAGAUUCCUCAAGGCUGAGCCCAAAGUGCUUGGGGCUGUCCAAAUAUUGAUUGGGCUGAUUCACAUCGGCUUUGGGGCUAUCGCGCUUUGUCUAUUUUCUCGUUACUAUCUUGCCUUGUCUGCAAUUGGAGGUUAUCCCUUUUGGGGAGGGAUAUUUUUUAUUUCUUCUGGAUCACUUUGUGUAGCAGCUGCGAACAGUCCAAAUCAUGGUUUGGUGAAAUCCAGUGUAGGACUGAACAUCACAAGUGCUAUAAUGGCAUUAACUGGUAUCAUGCUCUAUAUUUCCGAGUUGAUCAUCAACAGUAUUCCUGCAUUUGAGGGUGUCGGUUUUGGCCUCUCCUUUGUGCUGCUCUUGUUCAGCUUGCUGGAAUUUUGCAUCGCUGUUUCCCUGGCUCACUUUGGGUGUCAAUCAGUUUGCUGUACUGAUGCCCAGCCAACCAUGGUUUUUGUGCCUUACCAAGUCAUCGGAGAUGGAGCAGUCGCAGCUGAACCAACUCCUCCUCCACCAACCUACGAUAAUGUGAUUAUGAAAGAUCAGUAAAACCAGGAAGAAAAUGUGAGAAUUGUUGCAACAGAAGUUUCAGGAGAAGCAAUGUAUUUCAUAUUACUUUGCUUUGUCCUUCAGCUUGCUUGUUUAUUUUUCAAUUACAGCCUUUAAACAUCAAAUUAAAUUGUGGCAAAUUUAAAA